GGGCGUCCGCUUGGCCCUCGUCGCUGUCCAUCGUCGCCGCCGUCGACGUCGACGACGAAGCUUCCCUCGGCGUUCUCACCAUGUCCCAAUUCACUGUCCCCGUGGAAACUGCCGCGCGCCCGAACAUGCGCAGGAAGUCUUCGGCGCAAAACCUCCUCUCGUCGUUCAAGCCGACGACAUCGUCACAACCCGCACCACCGAGUACGGCCACGCCGGUCGUAUCGACAUCCAUAGGCGCCGCGUCAAUGAACAGCGUAUACCCCUCAGUCGCCACACCGACAGCAGGCGCGAGCUCGCGAGAAUGGGACGCGCAGUCACUUCACUCCGACCCAUCUGCGUCUGGUCAUGGUGGCGUUACCAGUCCCGCGCUGGGACAGGGCGCGUCCGUGGAUUACCUGCGAGAUGUGAUACAGAAACGGAUCAUCACCCUCACCUACCUGCGAAGCGUGUUCGAAGGCAAGAGUCACUGGUUUCAUACGAUAAUGAUCUCCCGCGCCGACCUCGAGCGCGAGUUCAACAACAGCGAGAUGCGCAAGCGCACGUCACGCUUCACCAUCCUCGGCAUGUCCCUCGCCAACCUCCUCGACGUACACCAGCCCCCUGACCUGCUGCGCGGCCUGCUCAAUACAUUGGCAGAGUACGAGCAGGGGAAGGAAGAUUCGGAGAAGUCCAAGAUGGUACGUGCCCCGGACUUGCUCACGCGCUCUACCACAAUUGCCCGACAGCGCCAACCGAAGCGCCUUUUCAGGCCCGGGAAGAAGCGCGUCGCAGGGGGAGGCAUCGGUGAAUACACCGUAUCCUACGCCGACACCGCUGCAGACGCGACCUAUGUGGUCACACCGCACGUCCCCUUCCAACUCGACUACCUCCAGGUUCUCAUCACCCUCAUCGACAUCAUAUCCGAGAUCUACAGCAAGCUUUCCAAGACACUUUCCCCCUCGCCCUUCCCUCAUGCUGGUGGCCAGCAGAUGCUGGGUCCGUUAGGCUUACUGUCUCCGCACCCUGGCGUUUCCUACCUCUUCCCGGAGGGCAGCGGUACCGAUGACUCCGGUAGCCUGUACAACAUCGCGCAUGCUGGCGUCAGCGCGGGAUAUACCCUUGGUAGUCCACCACCGACAACCGGCGCACAAGGCCUUGCAGACUCCGUAAGCAAGAUCGAUGGCAAGCUGAAGAAGAUAAUAUCAACACUGUUGAAAGAGCUUGACCAAGUCGCGCGUAGUGGCAUCAAGGACGAGCUUGCAUCCCUUGAUCCCCUCUUGCGGAAUACGAUGUCCUUUGACGGUCGCACUAUACAUGAGUACGAUUAGACUUGUGUGCCAGCAAUUCGCUCGGCUUUUAUAUGCACGCACGCUGCUAUUCGAGAUCACCAUUUGGUUGUGGGUAAUAGCCCUCGGACCGCUUGCAGGUCUCCUACCAUAUCUUGAACCUGCCCCGCGCGCUCUGGCUCGACUACGCGCUUGGGUAUCUUCUACUGCACGGAGCCAAGGAUCUUGGAGGACUGCGAAAAUGUACACUACCCAUCGUUGGUUUCUGUCUCGUCGCGUACUCUGGGGACAUUCUUGAGGAUUUACUGUACCACCACCCUUAUAUCUUUGUUCUUCUGUAAUGGCCAUGUUCUGCCUGCCAU